AUAACAAAAAAACAGCGUAUGAACACGAUUGGAAGUGGACUUAUUGAAAUAGAAAGAUUUAGAAAAGGUUCAAAAACUUUCAUAAUUAAGAACUGUGAAAAUUAUAUAGAUUACAAAUUAUUUUUUAACUAUAUUUCACAUGGGUAAAUUUUAAAGUUAAAAAAUCGUGUACCUAUUAAAACGUCGAUCAAAUUUAAUUUACACGUUGACGCUACUUACACACGUCCUAUAACACAUGAUAAACAAGAUGUGGCUUUUAAAACUUCGAAUGUUUUAGCAUGUAAUUCAUCCGAUUUCGAUAGUUUGUUAAACACAAAGUUUGAUAAAAUAUUAGCUGAAGAAUCUGAAUUUAUUGCUAAAGGUUCAGGAUGGACACUUGUUUCAAUAGAUGGGUUACAGUUGAGAAUCAAUUUAGUAAAUCCAUUAAAAGGAGGUGCAUAUUUAGAUUUACCUAAAUUUAUACGAGAAAAAAAGCCUAUUAUAAACGUUAAAAAUAAAGAUAAAUACUGUUUUAAAUAUUCUAUACUAACCAAAUAUGAUAAGCGUUCUAAUAAAUCACGAUUUAACCAAAAAUAUUUUGAUUUUCUUGAAAAAAAGAGUGGGUUAGAUUUUAAAUGUAUUGAUUUUCCAACACCAAUAAAUCAAAUUAAAAAAUUUGAACGUUUAAAUAAUGUUUCAGUUAAUGUUUAUAGUUUAAAUAAUAAAGGUACUAUUUUCCCUCUAUUUAUAAAUAAUAAAGAAGAAAAAAAUCAUUUUGAUCUAUUUUUUAUCAAUAAUCAUAAAACAUCGCAUUAUUGUUAUAUUAAAGAUUUUUCAAGAUUCAUUAGAAGUCAGAAAACUAAAAAUUGUUCUAAAUCAAUUAUUUGCAAGAGGUGUUUUACAACUUUUGGAAAUAAACCAUGUAAAAGUAAACUUUGGGGUGAAACAGGAUUAACUGGACAUAAAAAAAUGUGUAGUAAGAAUGAAUUAGGAAGACCGAUAAUAGGGGGUAUCUGUCAAUCAGUUAAAAGAUAUGCUAAAGCAAACAUACCAAACAUUAAAGGUUUGAACUAUAAUCCUAAUAAAUCAAUUUCAUGGAUUACAUAUCUUGAUUGUGUAAAUUUAUAUGGAAAAUCGAUGUUAACUGAGCUACCUUUCAAAGAUUUCGAAUGGGUUGAUGACUUGAACAUAGGUGUUACUAAAAUUCCUGAUGAUUCAAAAGUCGGAUAUAUAUUAGAAGUUGAUAUUGAUUAUCCUGAAUAUUUACAUGAAAAACAUAAUGAUUUCCCGUUUUUACCUUUAAACGAAUGUCCUCCAAAUUCAAAACUUCAUAUGGUGUACAUUUAA